GUGCUGCUGUGCCGCCCUUUUGACGAUGGCAAUGUUGGUGCCGCCGCGCGCGCCAUGCUCAACUUUGGGCUCUCCGACCUCCGGCUGGUUGAUCCGACGGCACACGCACAGAGCGACGAGGCUGUGCUGCGCGCCUCGGGUGCAGCUCCGAUCUUGCGCCGCUGCGAGACGCACGAGACGGCCGCCGACGCGGUCGCUGACCUGCAGCUGGUCCUCGCGACGACAGCGCGGCCGCGCGAGAGCCGCAUUCCCGUCUACGCGCCUCGAGAGGCGAUGGCGCUGGCCGCCGCGGCGAUAGCGCGCGGCGAGCGGGUCGGGCUCAUGUUUGGGAGCGAGAAGAAUGGGCUGAGCAACGCGGAGCUCGACGCGGCGAACGCCAUCGUCACGAUCCCCACUUUCCCCGGCUUCUCGUCCCUCAACCUCGCGCAGGCU